UUCCCUUGCAAAAACCCUAACAGCCAAAACCCCCCAAUUUCUUCGUCUUCUUCUCCUUCUUCGUUGCACGGGUACAGUGCGUAGUGAGCAGUGAAAUUAAGAAUGGGGAGAAAGAGAAAGGCGAGCGAAAGCGAAGCAGAAGAAGCGUUCGAAAAGGAGAAGGAGAACGAAGAAUACAGAAAUAAGCAGCAACAGCAGAAAAAGAAUGCGGGGGAGAUAGUGCCGUCAAUGAUAAGGAACAAGGAGAGGAGGUCGGAGGUGCACGCCAAGCUCAAGCACCAGAAGAAGGUCGAGAAGCGCAAGAAGAUCCAGGCUCGCGACGCCGCAGAGAAGCGCGCUCUCGAGCUCGGCGAGGAGCCUCAGCCAAGGAGUGUUCCUCGUACGAUUGAGAACACCAGGGAAUUAGAUGAGACUGUGUGCAAGCCGGAUGAUGAAGAGCUGUUUGCUGGAAAUGAUGCCGAUGAAUUCAGUGUAGUUUUAAAGCGUGAGGGUACUGCAAAAGUUUUAAUUACCACUGCCCGAUUCAAUUCUACUAGGGGACCUGCUUUUAUAUCAGAACUACUUUCUGUGAUCCCAAAUGCACAUUACUACAAGAGAGGAACCUAUGACUUGAAAAAGAUUGUAGAGUAUGCUAAGAACAAGGACUUCACUUCUAUCGUAGUUGUUCACACCAAUCGCAGGGAACCAGAUGCUCUCCUAAUAAUGGGGGUACCUGAUGGACCUACUGCUCAUUUCAAGCUUUCAAAGCUUGUUUUGCGCAAGGAUAUUAAGAAUCAUGGAAAUCCAACCAGUCACAAGCCCGAGCUUGUGCUGACUAACUUCACAACACGCCUAGGUCAUCGUAUUGGAAGAUUAAUACAGUCACUUUUCCCACAAGAUCCAAAUUUCCGUGGGCGGAGAGUUGUCACAUUCCACAAUCAGCGAGAUUUUAUAUUCUUCCGGCAUCACCGGUACAUUUUUGAAAGCAAAGAAAGUAAGGAGACUAACUCAGAAGGUAAAAAGGCCAAGGAUGCCAAGUUAGCGAAAGCUCCUCAGGAGAAAGUAGUUGCCCGCCUUCAGGAAUGUGGCCCUAGGUUCACACUGAAGUUGAUCAGUCUGCAGCAUGGAACAUUUGAUACUAAAGGCGGGGAAUAUGAGUGGGUUCAUAAGCCGGAAAUGGACACAAGCCGAAGGAGGUUUUUCUUGUAACUUGCUUUGGAAUAUUGCUCUCAACUGCCUUUUUGGUGGAGUAUAAGCAUCUUCUGGUGAAGAGGGUUGGUACCCGGGGAGAAGAUGUUGAAAUUAAUCCCAAUUGUCUCCCUCAAUAUGAUGGACCAUUUGAGUUAUAGGGUUGGGUUUUUUUUUUUUUUUUUUUUUAAAUAUAUUUUGUGAUGCUUGAUGCAUUUUAAUGAUCAGUUUUGGCCAUUUUGUAUUCGAUAGUCGAAAAAAGACUAUUUUACAUUUGAACAUUAUUGUUUUCCUCAUUAUUCUCCCAUUAAAGGAAAAUAUGUCUCUUCU